AUGGCGAGCGCUCGUCAAACACCCGAGGGUAUACAUGGUUUACAAACAUUAGUUCGAAAUAUUGUUUCUGAUAUUGUUGGCGAGAAUAGCAGUACUUCAGGAACAGGAAAUGCAAAUUUACCGCCCUCAAAUGUCGGUCCUGUGAAUCCUGUCGAUGGUCAAAGCAGCGUGACCCAAGAGCUACAUGCAAGAUUUGGUGUUCCUCGACAGGUGUACAGCCCACUUCAAAAUUAUGGCAGAUCGAGAGAGCCAAGACGAAGAAAUAGACGUCAAACGUAUUUGACAAAUCCACCUAUAAGAUCUACAAGUAACACUAGAGCUCCACAAACUGUGUCUAAGAGUGAUUUUUACAUUAAAAAUGUAAUCUUGCUGCCAGCGCCAUCCUACAAUACGGUGCCACGAGGGGACACCAAGUCGUACUUGAUUUCCCGUGGGCUUAUGAUUGAUGCUUUUGAAAUAGAUCAGAAAUGGGAGCAGGAAGAACUCAUUGCAAGGCUCCACGAAUUGUUCAAGAACGUAUUGCUGAAUGAAAGCCAGUCUGUUGUGAAGUAAGUGUGUGUAUAUUCUUAAUAUAUGACUAUGAGAGUAAACAGCUUUUAUACGGAAUCUUUACAUUAUCUACUAAGUUUAGUGACGUAUUUAAAGUUGCAGAAAAUAAUUGCAUCACCACUAAAUUUUGUUCAUAUACAGGACAUACAGUGCACUCACUUCUGUCCACUUUAUAUUGUCAUUGGAAACCACCCAGAGGCAUGGGUAGUGAUUUGGGAUAGGGUAAUAAUGGGGCAUUCUAUUUAAUAUAUGUAUCUCCCUAUUGAGGGGUCUGGAUGCAUGUCCAAUGGGGGAGGAGGGGGUCUUCAUCUUAAAAUUUCCUGAGGGAUAGCUUGAGAGAUAUUUUUAAAAAUGGCAAACAUUAGGUAUUUUAGUGAUAUGCAAGGGGUGGGGACAAUAUCCUAUGGGGUAUCUUAAAAAAGUUGCAUCCAAGGGGGUUCCAAAAUUUUUAUAUCCUAGCUAAGGGGAUUAUGAAGGGACUCCUCAAUAGGGCUACGUAGGGUGCCUAUAUUAAAUGGAUGGCCCAAUGCUCCUAUUUAAUUAACUCAUUGUUUCAGGUUUGAGUUUGUUAAAUCAGGAGGAACAAAAAUCUCAUCUGUAAAUCUUCCACAUGGACAACAUCUAAGUGCCAGGAUCUUAAAACAUGUGGUUGGAAAUGGUCCAGUGUAUAUUCGAGCCCUAGAAAAGCUUUCAUGUGAGGUAAGUAAAGCUUUCAUAAUUGGUGAUAACAAAAUAAAAACCCAAAUAAAAAUAUAGGUUAGUAGUGGAAGGACAUUUCCUUUACUCCAUGUCUAUAUAUGCCAACUAAUGUAGUCUCCUAGUAAGCCCCCGUCUCAAAUAAGCCCCCCUCUUUCCCCUUCCCCCAUCAUUACUAAGCUACCACAAAAGUGCAUGAAAACAAUAAGGCAUUAUAAACAAUUGCCAGAGUAAGAAUUCUAUCAGAGUAUAUAUACAUGUUUGUUUUUAAAGAUUCAACCUGGGGAUGAAGAAUCAGAAUUUUGGACAGAAUCACUUGGUCCAGUUCCACCAACCAGUACUGAUUCCGAAUGUUGUGAAAUAACUGAAUGCUUAGAGCAAGGUUUGUACCCUAUAUAACGUAUCAUGGCUUCAUUUGAUUACUAGCUAGGACCUGAAUUCUUUGCCAGGAUUAUCCUUUUUUAACCAAAGAGCUGUCAAACAUUAAUUCUGGUCUUAGUAUGGUUAAAUGAGUCCAUGCAUGAUAUGUCAUAGUGCAAAGCCUAAUUAGUUGGUCCAUCUUGUAAAAUAAAAUAUCUGAAUUAGGUUUAAUUGGUGUUUUUAUUUUGGACAGAAUCACUUGGUCCAGUUCCACCAACUAGUGCUGAUUCAGAAUGUUGUGAAAUAACUCAAUGCUUACAGCAAGGUUUGUACCUGUUUUAAUGUAUCAUAUGGCUUCAUUUAACUACUAGGACCUGAUUUUUUUGCCAGGAUUAUCCUUUUUUAACCAAAGAGCUGUCAAGCAUUAAUUCUGAUCUUAGUAUAGUUAAAUGAGGCCAUGGUAUGUCAUGGCGCAAGGCCUUUAGAAUUAGUUGGUCCAUCUAGUAAAAUAAAAUAUCUGAAUUAGGUUUAAUUAAUGUCUUUAUUUCGGACAGAAUCACUUGGUCCAGUUCCAGAUUCAGUACAAGCAAGUUCACACAAUUCAGAUGCUGAAACUGAUAUGGUGAAAGUUUUACAAGAAAUAUUUCCUGACAAGCAAUACAAUGAGUUAUUUUCUGUUUCUUCGAGAUCAGCAACCUUGCAGGAAGCCAUAGAUAAGUUGUUGGACACACAAGGCACAAUAGAUGAUGGUAAAGAUAUUCAUAUGUGAUCUAGUGUUUUGGACCUUUGAACCAUAUACCACUGACUAUGUAUAUGAUCCUAGUACUCAACACACUAAGGCCCCCCUUACACAACCCCGGGCCAACCUGUCUACGAAUAAAUCUCUAUUAGCGUUUACACGAUAGCCGGGUCAACCUUUCACACCUCACCAACCCGGGGCACCCUCGAGACCCGGGUUGGCGAGGUGUGAACACGUGAAAAGUUUACUCAUUUCUUCAUGUAAAGCCGGGUUGGCUUGACCUGGGAUCAUGUAAAGUGCGGUAAAUUCCUGAUUGUGAACUUUUCACCUAUCGUCAUAUCGCAUUUCAACAUUUUGUGUGCAUAUUUUCUCCAUCUCUGUUCAGUACAGACAUAUAAAAUCAUACAGUAUAGCAAAAGUAUCAAAACCAAAAGAAAAAAACGCUCAACCCGCAUUUUAGUGGUGUUCUGAAAUUUUUCAUCACCUAAUCCUUUCACUGAAGGAUUAUAAGACAGAGAUGGAUUAUAAAAUUGUAGAUUUCAACUCCGAUGUCGCAAUGUAUUCAAAGUUGCACGAAGGUAUGGUGUUGGUGUUCGAUUCCGAAUAUUUUGGUCCAGUAGAUCUUCCAGUACAAGAUAGCGACUAUAGGAGCUAUCAAAAAAGGAAGAGUAAAAAAUAACCAGCUGUGGCGUGCUGACCCGGGUUAAAAAAAUCAGCCCCGUGUCACAGCGGAUUUGAACUCCCCGCAGAUAUGGACCCCCCGGUCCAUAUCCGCUAGCGGAUAUGUACCCCCUUCCUCGGAAUUGGACCCCCUAAAAUCAGUCACAAAAAGAAGAAAUUUUCGAUUUAAGAAUUAAUUAUACAAGUAGUUGUGGAUUAUCUGUGAUGAAAUUAUAGAUAAUAUAUGUAUUCUCGAGAUCAAAAUAAUCGGCUUUGCGUAAAAAUCUAAACGAUAUUAAUAAAGUAAUCCCAAAAUGAGAGCAUUUGCGAAAGGUUUGCACAACAUUUAUUAGCUAAUAACAAUAUAAUAACAAAUUGAUUAAACAUGCGAUGUAACAACAUGUAUGAUAACUAAUGGCAUGACUCAACUAUCUUGGAAUUUGCUUAAUGACGAAAACAAGUUAUUGAGAUGCUAAUUUUAUAAAAGUUUAGGCUUGAAUGGAAUGCAUCACUUUGUUAUGGGUAUGUUAAGGCAAAAAUAAUUUGAAAUAUAUUUUCAUUUUCCGUUUUUAUUUCAGCAGUUAAGUGUCAGAGCAGAUAGCAAUUCCAAGGAGUAAAAUGCUUGUGUGAAGGCUUUCAUGUGCUUCUCGCACAUUCCAAGAUCAUAGAAAUAAACUCAUGUAGCAGAAAAAUUAUAAAUCAUAAACUUUGACAGAAUUCUUUAAUCUAAAAAUCUAUGAUUUGAUGGAAUUUUUUAAUCUAAGAAUCUUCGUACGGUUUUUAAAAUAAAUCAGAUGAGAUUUAUGACGAUUUAAAACACUUUCAGUACAAUAUUCGAAAUACAAUACGUUGCAAUGAUAAAAAUACGCGAGGGGUCCAAAUUCGCGAGGGGAGUCCAAAUCCGCUACCGAAUAAAGACCCCCAUAGGUCCAUAUUCGUUAGCGGAUAUGGACGUCCAGGUCCAUAUUUGCUAGCGGAUUUGGACCGGGGAGGGGGUCCAUUUUGAGGGGGGUCCAAACCUGCUGGGACACCGGGCUUGUGUAAAGGGGGCCUAAAUCCCUAACUAAUAGCCAUAAAAUUGCUAAUUAAUCCCAUAGCCUUUUGCAAGGACAGUCUGUGGUAUACAUCUGGGGCAGGAGCAUGCGUGGGUUGCCAUAAAUGCUGAAAAUGCUGUAACUGAUAGUUUUAAAAGUUAUAUGAAAACCUGAUGACCUAUUAUUUAGGAAUAUAGCUCUCUCCUCCGCAGAGGCUUUGUGUUUUGUUUUGGUUUUGUUCGAAGUUUGCAGGCGGGAUAGUCGCGGGCUAGGCAGGCUGGGGGAAAAUUAUAGGGGAUAAAUAGGGCCUAGCCUGAGACUUAUCCCGCCUGCAAACUUAAAACAAAACAAAAACAAAACACAAAGCCUCUGCGGAGGAGAGUGGGAAUGUACAGGAUCUAGAUACAAGGACAGAAUAAGAACACAUAAAAGUCGCUCUGUGAAAACCUUCUAUGCCCUUUUUAUAGUGUGCAUUUGCAGCAAGUGACUGGGAUACUUGCUGUACAUACACAGUAAGUGCUGAGGAUUGUAAAACCAGAGGUGUAUACCUCUAGUUACAUGCUAAUUUUGCAGAUUUUUCUUGUACAAUUGCUUAAAAAAAGUGGUUGCACAAACAUCAAAAGAUCUGAUAAGUGUGAUAUCGAUUUCCAUAUGUCUUACUGAUAUUCAUAGCAAAAUAUAGACAUCAUGUAUUAUCCACAGCAACUAUCUGGUAAUUUACAUGUUAUUCAUGUAACCCCAUACAAUUUUCUUCUUGCAGAUUAUCAUUCAUUAGCAGAAUAUUAAUUGUUCAUAUUUUUUACAAUAAUAUUGUUUUUUCAGAUUCAGAAGAAAUUUGGAUGCUGCCGUUAUCAGCUAUAAAAUACCAAAAGCUGAGUGGUGUAGAAGCACUAAAGCAAUUUAUAAAUCGUAUUAGACUGUUGGACGAGGAUCAACAAUAUCUUAACAUCACAAGGGAAGAAAGUAUCAUUAGCCAGGUCAUUUCAAAAUACAAAAAUCCAAGGUUUGACAUUAGAAAGCCAUUGUAUGUUAGUUUCAGAAGUUCUGGAACUGCCGAACUUGGCGUAGAUGCAGGUGGCCUAACAACAGAAUAUUUUUUCCAAUUGGUCAAUGAGCUAGUAAGAGGUGAUCUGAAUGGGAUAAGGCUAUUUGAAGGAGCACAAGGCCAUCUGCUUCCAAGGUUCGAUUAUGACCUAAUAUCUGGAAAUAUUAUGAAAUUAGUUGGCCGGAUAAUUAUGCAUUCCAUUCUCAACAACUGCAGGGGUCUCAGUGGGCUCUCACCAGCAGUAGUCACCUAUAUUGUCACUGGUACCAGAGAUGCAGUUUUGGAGAACCUGGACAUCGAAGACAUACCCGAUCCUUGUCUUAGAGAAAACCUAAGAGAGGUACAAAAUAUUUAAAUUGUUGAUGAUGUGCAAAUGGAUAAAUCAAGGGAAAGAUUAUAUUCAAUGCUAGAAUUUUAUGACUAGAACUUUAGGCUCCUUUGACGGAAAUUGAACAAUCGAGUAUGCAAUGCAAAUUGGAACUGUUCCUGGUUAAGUCUAAAAUUUUGCAUCCUUAAUUUGUGAACCCUUGAUUUGUCCAUGACUCCCUAAGCUAUAUUGAGGAAAUGGCUAAAUUUGCCCAUCCCCCUGCACAAACGUUCAGGCAAACAACCUAAAUUGCUUGAAAAAUUCUUACAGGUAGUAGGAAUAUAGGAAGCUGGGGGACAGCAACCCUACAAUGUUAUGUACUGGUGGGCUGGUGUGCCUUUGCCCCUUCUCCACCGAAUUACAGUAUUGAAUUGAAAUUGCAAAAAAUAUUUGAUUUUGAUGAAAGGGCCUAUGAGAUGAUUCUAAACCCCUACCGCCCGGCCUGCCUAAGUAUUAGUGUUUAAUUAACAAGCUUCCUGCAGUCUUGUUUGACAGAAGUCAAACAAGACUGCAGGAACUACAGUGAGUCGAUUAAAUUCUAUUCAAUUAUAUAGCUCUUAUCAUGCAGCGGGGAGGAUUUGAGCAAGUUUAUGGAUUAUAACAACCCUUCCAACAUUGCUGAUAUAAUUACAUCAUCUGGUUUCCCCCAUAUUCAAGUAACAGACACAAAUAAAAAUUUGGCAUAUGAAUGUUGCUUUGUACAUGAAGUAAUUACCAAGCGAAUUCCUUUACUCGAUGACCUUCGAGAAGGCCUUAUGUCUGAAAGUUCCAUGGGAACAGGUCUGCUAAAUUUGGCAAGCAUGCAUAAAGAAGUCAGAGAUAUAGUCUUUCCACCACCAUCUGGCCAGAUUGACCUGGUUGAAUUGAAGAGAAUGGUUCAGUACGAGCGUGGCUUUAUGCGUAAUCCUGAUGCUGUGGUUGCUAGAGAUUUUAUGAAUAUGUACAUGGAAGAAAUGAGUCAAAGAGGUAAUGUACAUGUUCUUGUUAAAAAGUCUUUAAUUUUCUUACAUUUGUAAACUGCAUAUUUAAUGAAUCAAGCAAAGGGCAGGGCAACAUGGGUAUUUUCAUGACUCAUGAUUGGGUAUUACCUGUGCUUCGUCAGUUAUGCAGUGCCUUUUUUAACUAUAUAUCUGGGGGGGGGGGAAAGGAUUUUGCCCCCCCCCAGUAAAACCAUUUCUGCCCAGUAAAACCAUUUCUGCCCCCGAAGUGCGAAGUAGAAUUGCUCAUGAUUGCUGUCAGAAUUGCAGUUGAUUUACUUGAUGAGAUUAUGCCCUUCCAUAGCCUCCUCCACAGCCAUCUUGUGUGUAAUUCAUAUUGUUCUAAACCAAGUAUUUCAUAAUAGCGAUAGAUUUCAUGCAAACAAUCCGAUAAAAUACUAGCCUUUCCAAGCCUUGCGACUCUCCUCUGCAGAGGCGUUUUGUUUUGGAAGGUUUUAUUGCAAAUUUUUUUUCUUAAAAAUAUCAAGUUAUAUUAAGAAUCCCCUCCCCCCCCCAAUCGCCACAAAAACCGUUCGCCAAACCUCAACGGCUCAUAUUUUUCGUUCUGCUUUUUUUUCCUGUCCCCCCCCAGUGAAAAUUCCUUAUAAAAGGCACUGCAGUUAUGAAGAUCCCCCGGUGCUUCGUCAGUUAUGAAGAUCCCCCUGUGCUUCGUCAGUUAUGAAGAUUGUCUUGCAGGAGUCGUAAAAAUAUCCUGAUUGCAAAGAUCAUGAAAAUUAAGUUUAUUUUUUUUGUGAAAUGCAAAAUGAAAGUUUGUGAACUGGUGAUAAGACCCCCUUCCCCUGCUUGUUAUUUUACUGGGUAAUGCCAUCCCAUUUUAUUGUCAAGACCUUGCACCUUAAUAUAUGGGUUUUGUUGCUCCAAGCUUGGAGAAAAAAAAAUCGUUGGGAUAUUACCCAUUGUGUGAGGGCAGAGGGGGUAGUAGUAACAGCCAUUGGCAAUGCAUUUGGCCAGACAGCGAUACUUGUCAGUUAAAGUCUAAUUGACAGUUAAUGUGUAAGAACUGUAUUAUCUUCUUUGUUAGAGGGGUCUGAUGAUGAACAAUUGGGUGAUUUACUUCAGUUCUGGACAGGCUGGCCAUCCUUACCAAUGAUGGAUGAAACACUCACUAUCACAUUCCUUGCUAAAGAGCCAUCAAAGGUAUUAGCUGUCGUAGAUACCUGCUUUAAGUCUUUAGCAAUCCCAACAAUUCACAGUUCUUACGAAGCUUUUCGGGGGAAAAUGGAUCUUGCAGUCGGGCAUGGAAAAGUUGGAUUUGGCAGGUUGUAA